AUGGCGGAUUUUCUGACAGACAGUGAUGAUGAGAAGAAAGUCGAGGAGCUUUUAUCUCAGGCUUUGGACCUUACUGUGCUUGAGCAAGUCGCCGCCAUUAAUUGCUCUGGUUUUAAUGAUUCUGAUCUUCCUUCUCACCUAGCAGCCCGUUUCCAAAACCUCAAAUCAUUACCAGUACAGAAAUCGAAAUCGAAAUUUUUGCAAAGCUUCAAUUCUUCAAACACCCCAGAAUUCAAGAACAGGGAUUUUAUAAAUGAACCCAACAAGGUGGACCUUAGUGAAGAAACAAAAGGGUGUUUUUCACAGAAAAACCUUGCUGAGAAAAUGGGUUCAAAAUCAAGUGAAAAUGGGUUGAAGAAGAACCCAGAUAGUAAAAAUUGUUCAUCGCCAACAAAAUCAUCUGAGAACGAGAGUUUUUCAACUUUCAAGAAAACCCCACGGGGGAGAAAAAUGGCAAAAAAGGAAUCGAAUUCCCCAUCUUCGGCUUCGUGGGACGAUUUUUCAAGUGAUUCUCUGUCUCCACCUGCAAAAACUGGUUGCUUUUGGUGUUCUCCGAAAAAGGGUUUGAGAAAAAAUAGCAAAGAAAACAGGGGUUUGGAUAUAGACCUUGAAUGGGGUAAGAAUGAUGAGUUUUUAUCUGAUUUGAGUAGUUUUUCAUCGAAACGUCAAAAAAAGACGAUAAUGAAGGCUCUCAAGGAGGAGGAGAAGAUCUGCAGAGAGGCAGAGAAGAUUGUCAAAUGGGCAAAGCAAGCUUCAGCAGGGAUGGAUGUUUCUCGCAUUGAAGAUGAGCUAAGUGACAAUGAAAAUUAUAAAUGA